UUUUUCUUUAACGGGCCGAUAAGAGUCGAACGAGCUCCUGAACAGGUUGGGUGCACCACAGGGCUAACGGGCGGUAGAGGAAAGUGUACGAAACCCACAACACCACUACCAUCGGCAAAAUAGCACAAUCAAGCACCGCAAUGGCAUCGCCGUCGACGUCGCGGACAACCCCGCCUUGUGGAAUCGCAGCCACUAUUGAUCUCAUCGGCGAAGACCUUCUUCAAAACAUAGUCGCUAGGCUUCCGGCCUUCUCUUUCGCCUCCGCUGCCUGCGUUAGCCGCUCCUGGAACCUCGUUUGCGAUCGCGUCCUUUGUCGCCCCAAGCUCUCCUCCGCCUGUUCUUUUAGUUCUUCUCUUGAGGUUGCUGUCGAAGACGUGUUGAAUAAAGUACUAUCAGAGCCGAUUCGUCCUCAUUUUGCCAUUGCUUCUGUUGGUCCUUUGUUCGAUUUGCACCAGGCUCACCUACUCAUUACUGCAAAACUAGGGUCCAAAGUUCCAGUCAUUACUAAUGUUCCAUCUGGAAUCAUAGGAAGGGAUGUCUUUUCUGACGAAUUCAAAGAGAUUCAGUGGGAACUUACGGAAGAAGAUGAUGAUCCAGGGAUAAAAGUCGAAGCAAUUCCACUUCUAAAGGAAAUUGAGGAACCACUAGCUGUAAUGAUAGACAAAUUUGUGAUGGACAUUAGGGAGUACUCAACUUCUAUUUCAGGAUGCAGAUCCCCUUCUGCCAUAAUAAUGUUCAGUGACUUUGAAGCAGGCAUGAAAUCUGUUAUGGAAAAGAUGGAUUUUGCCAUGUCACCGGAUACUGUCAUAGUUGGUGAUUGUGGUUGCCAGUUUCUACACAACAAUGGAAGUUCAAGGGACACAAGCACCACAGAAGGACACGUGUCUACAGCUGUUGCAUUGGUAUUUGCAGUGGACAAGAACAAACGUCAUGGCACUGUAGAAACCCAUUUCAAUUCUGUAUUAUCAAGCGGUUUGUCACCUGUGGGCCCCACAUACAAGGCGGCAUCUGUUAGAGAGAAACACCGUGAUUCUAUGACUUGGCUCACUGCAAGAAGAGAAGGGUUGCGUGAAAAUAUCGAUGGUGAAACUAUUUUGAAUCAAGUUUAUGAUGAACUAGGAGAACGAAUUCAGUUUCCUACUUUCUACAUUGGGGUAACAAAACGAAGAAAAUGCUCAAUUGGGCAGGAUAAAGUGGGAUGGGUUACUUCACUUGCAUUCCAUGAAGUUCUAGGGGACAACCAGGAGUAUCUCUUUGUUGGUGACGUGGGCAUAAAAACAGGGGAUUUAUUUCGCUUUUACCACUCAGAUUCCAACACUGCGUUAACUACAAACACGGAUGUCUCCAACAAUUUAAAAUGUUUUAAACAAGGGAGCACGAGUAGAGGCGAUAAAAAGGAAGUGUAUGGUGGUCUUGUAUUCACAUGUUGUGGUCGGGGUGAGUCGUUUUUUGGGAAACCGAAUAUUGACAGCUCACCGUUUUUAAACAAUUUCCCUGGUGCGACACUUGCGGGGACAUUUUGUGGUGGGGAAAUUGGACGUGGUGAUUUGAGCGCGUAUGGUAAAGAAUCUCAACAACAGAAAUCAGUGCGUUGUUGCUUACAUGUAUAUAGCGCUGUCUAUCUACUCAUGUCUUAUACCCCUUCAAAGGGGAAUUAAAACAUGUUUUCUUUUUGGUAUUGUUCUUGUUUUGUGUAGCGACUUGUUAUGUUUGUGCAUAUAUUCCUAUUAAGUCUCUUGCAUUUUAUAAAAUUGUUGUCGUGUAUUUUGUUGAAUUUGAUAUCGGUAUUGGAAUCUAAGUGAAAUUUCAUUGUUGAUAAGACAUUGGUGAGUCUUGUGCCUGGUUUUAGAAUGAGUUGAACAUUGAAA